AUGGAGCUAGGAUACUACAGAAGGCAAAAGAGCUAUGCGGAUCCUAAGGGGAAGGAUGUAGAGUUUACAGUGGGCAAUUAUGUAUUCCUAAAGGUCUCCCCAAUGAAAGGAGUCAUGAGGUUUGGGAAGGAAGGAAAGCUAUCACUUAGAUACAUAGGACCUUUUGAGGUCAUUGAUAGAGUUGGAACAGUUGCUGACCAGUUGGAGUUACCAUUAAGCCUUUCUCAUGUCCACCUAGUAUUCCACAUCUCCAUGCUGAUGAAGUAUGUUCUUGACCCUUCACAUGUGCUACAACCAGAUGUAGUAGAGUUAAAUGAGAACCUGAACUUUGAGGAGCAGCAUGUAACUAUAAUGGACUAUCAGAUGAGGCAACUAAGGUCAAAGCAUAUUCCUAUGGUUAAGGUUUUAUGGAGGAAUCGGUCAAUGGAAGAAUGCACCUGA